GAUCACAUCUUGGGUCGACCAUCGACCCGUUUCCGCAAGUGGCAGGUCUUCACCGUCGUGCUCUUCUGGAGCUUCUACCUCUCCAAGUUCAGUCGCCAUGGCCCGCCAGGCGUUCAAAGACUGUCGCGAUGGCUCUCGAGUCGAUUUACCAUGCACCAGGCUCUCGUCGCCUCCGGUGUCGCUCUCUACGUAUCGCGGAACUUUGCAAGAGUUGUGGGAUUAGAAUCGCCCGAGCCGCUGGCGAACUUAUAUGAUCGAAGCUUCUUUCGCGCGACAUGGAUAACAACAGCGCUGGACGCUGGCUGGUGGACUGCCAUGCAUUUGCGGCCCAAAUGGCUGCGACAUUCCUGCGAGAUCAUCUUCACAGUGUACUAUCUGGUCUGUGCGGAGCAAGCAGACGAACUGGUCAAGAGAGUACGCGGAGACUUGAACGUACAGCAUUUGCGAGUGAGCUGGAACAAACCCAAUUCGCCAGUACUGCGUUGGGUCACGGGCUUGAUGCGUCCGAAGUUUAUGAAAUAUCCACCAAGGCCGAUUACGAUACCGAGACCGAAGAACAGCGAUUACAGAGAAGCAGUAGCGGCAUGGUUAUACUUCGAUGGACCAAUGUCUGAUCUUGCAGAACAGCAUCAGCUAGUGCUGGACAUACCAGGAGGCGGAUUCGUUGCAAUGGAUCCGCGAUGUCACGACGACAAGCUCAUGGCAUGGGCGGGUAAAUUGGGAAUCCCAGUCAUUGCUCUCGACUACAAAAAGGCUCCGGAGUAUCCCUACCCUCAUGCUCUGAACGAGUGCUACGAUGCAUACUUCCAGAUGGUGGCCACUCGCGGUCGAUGCGUUGGAUUAUCUGGAGAGCAUGCUCCGAAGAUCAUUAUCAGUGGAGACAGUGCUGGCGGAAAUCUGGCAUUCAGCACUGUCUUGAUGAUACUGGAUGACCAGUCACCAUACUCUGGCUGGGAUUCUAGUCGUCAAGCACAAAGUCUGCCACCACCGGAAGCAGUCGUCGGCAUAUACCCUGCACUGGAGAUGAAUAUAGGCAACUGGAUGACGGAUGAACAACUCUCCCUUUUACGAAGGCCUGAACGACGGACCGAGAAUAAGCGAAUCAUGGACCGGAAAAGCCAAGAUUUCCGAAAGCUCACUCCAAACACCCCAGGCAAUUCGGACGAUGAAGACGAUGACCACAUGACCAAUGGAGUACGCAGCAACGGCCAACGCAGAUCUAAGCAGUAUACUCGACUUGCAAUGAGUAGUAUGAUAUCCUACUUCAACGAUCGCAUCAUUUCUCCGGAAAUGCUUCGCGCCAUGAUUGUGCUAUACGUCGGCGAGUACCGUCGACCCGACUUCGCGACGGACUAUUUACUAUCACCACUCCGCGCACCAGAGGCGCUUCUGGCCCGCUUCCCGAAGACUUUUCUGCUCUGCGGCGAGCGCGAUCCUCUGGUUGAUGACACGGCCAUAUUCGCCGGUCGUCUGCGCCAGGCACAUAAACAAGAGUUCACUCGUCGACAAGAACUUGGCCUGGAGAAUGAGGACGCCGUCUUCGAUGAUAAGAAACAUGUUCAAGUCGUGCUCGUCAACGGAGUCAGCCAUGGCUUCCUCCAAUUUGUCAGCGUCUUUCCUCGAGGUUGGCAGUACGUGCACGCCUGCAGUCGGUGGAUGCGAGACGUCUUCGAGAAGGCUGAG